GUGGCCAUGUCUCAUUGGCCCCAGUUCUCGGGCCUAUGGCGUCACGUGUCGCGUCUGUCGUGUUCGUUGUACGUCAUCGGCCAGCGCCCACCCCGCCGAGCCUACGGGGUAGAUAGUGGAAUUCCUGGCGGCGUCUAGAGCCAGAGGGGAGCGGCGACGGCGACUGCAGCAGCGAUGGCUGGGGUGGUGCCGGCUCCGGGGCUCCCGGUGGCGGGAGGACCCGUGAUCCCGGGGCCUGGUGGCGGCAUCCCGGGCAAGAGCGGCGAGGAACGCCUGAAGGAAAUGGAGGCGGAGAUGGCUCUGUUUGAGCAGGAAGUAUUGGGUGCUCCAGUGACCGGAAUCCCGCCUGCAGUGCCCACGGUGCCCACAGUAGACCCCAUGCAGGUGCCGGCAGCUCCUGUGAUCCGCCCAAUUAUCGCAACCAACACCUACCAGCAGGUCCAGCAGACCCUGGAGGCCCGGGCAGCGGCAGCAGCCACAGUAGUUCCUCCCAUGGUGGGCGGCCCUCCUUUUGUGGGCCCAGUUGGCUUCGGCCCUGGUGAUCGGAGUCACCUGGACAGUCCAGAGGCUCGAGAGGCCAUGUUCCUGAGGCGAGCAGCUGUGGCCCCUCAGAGGGCCCCUAUCCUGCGUCCAGCCUUCGUCCCCCAUGUGCUACAGAGAGCAGAUUCUGCUCUCUCUUCUGCAGCAGGUGGCCCUCGCCCUAUGGCCCUGAGGCCCCCUCACCAGGCCCUCGUGGGACCCCCUUUGCCUGGGCCUCCUGGACCACCCAUGAUGCUUCCACCAAUGGCUCGUGCCCCUGGACCGCCCCUGGGCUCCAUGGCUGCUCUGAGGCCUCCACUGGAAGAACCAGCAGCACCCCGAGAGCUGGGCCUAGGCCUGGGGUUAGGCCUGAAGGAGAAGGAAGAGGCAGUGGUGGCAGCAGCUACUGGGCUGGAAGAAGCUAGUGCAGCAGUAGCUGUGGGAGCAGGAGGAGCCCCCACUGGCCCUGCAGUCAUUGGGCCGAGCCUCCCGCUGGCCCUGGCCAUGCCCUUGCCCGAGCCUGAGCCCCUGCCCCUCCCACUGGAGGUAGUUCGUGGCCUACUGCCCCCACUGCGCAUUCCUGAGCUCCUGUCUCUGCGUCCACGGCCCCGGCCCCCUCGGCCUGAACCACCCCCUGGUCUCAUGGCUCUAGAGGUCCCAGAGCCACUGGGUGAAGACAAGAAGAAAGGCAAGCCAGAGAAAUUGAAGCGCUGCAUCCGCACAGCAGCAGGCAGCAGUUGGGAAGACCCCAGCCUGUUGGAGUGGGAUGCUGAUGACUUCCGGAUCUUCUGUGGGGAUCUGGGCAACGAGGUGAACGAUGACAUCUUGGCACGUGCCUUUAGCCGCUUCCCAUCCUUCCUUAAGGCUAAGGUGAUCCGUGACAAGCGCACAGGCAAGACCAAGGGCUAUGGCUUUGUCAGCUUCAAGGACCCCAGUGACUAUGUGCGUGCCAUGCGAGAGAUGAAUGGGAAGUACGUGGGCUCACGCCCCAUCAAACUUCGCAAGAGCAUGUGGAAGGACCGGAACCUGGAUGUGGUUCGAAAGAAGCAGAAGGAAAAGAAAAAGUUGGGCCUCAGAUAGGGUCUGUGGCUGGGCACCCCAUCACCGUGCUGGCUCCUCCCCACAGCUGUCUUUGGAAAAUCCCAGCUGUGCACUCACCCAUCACCAGUUUCAAUAAAUUUACCUUCAUUUCCAA